AUGCAUACAUCGACCGACUUACUCAACGCCAUACAACUGACCGCUAAAUACCGGCGCCGACAGACUCUGGUGAACGUACGGGUCGAACAAGAAGGGUACACUCAUUUACCCGCGUUUACCAUAUGCUACCCCACCCUCAUAUCCAUGGAGCGAAUGGCACAGUGGUUCCCACCUGUCCCAGAUAAGGAUUAUUAUGAUGAUAGAAAUAAGAUACAAUUCUCUAUGCACUCGCCUAAUAUCAUACCCCAACGUAUGGGCCACCAGGCAUUUAUGGAUGUUAAAAUCGGACAAAUGUUAUCCCUAUCAUACAAUCGACAUAAAACGAUCCUGCUACCGGCACCGUACGAUACCAACUGCCAAACUUAUGACGUCACCGGUGUGGAGACCGCACAUAAACUACGUGCCGAUUGUCUAAGUAGUUGCGCGUACAAAAUGUGGUCCCGGUGCCGUAACUGUACCACACACUCCCUGAUCCUAUGGCGCCUGGAUUCACUACCGGGUGAACCUAACCCUCAUAUAUGUAAAUUCGGUGAACAUUAUUUUAGCGACGAUGGUAUCGUGGAGUUAUCAGGGCCAUAUUACGUUGUGCCCGGUGACCAUUGUUUUCGACGUACGAGUGGACAGUUUGACGAUUAUUGCCAACCCCUGUGUCCCGUCGAUUGUGUUCAAAACUAUUACAGUGUGGCGGUAGUCGAUAGGGAACCGGGAAGGUCGGCCUGGUUUAUGUCGGGAACCGGGAGGGUUUAUAUCGGCCUUACUCAUAAUCAAUUGCCCGAUCAGGUGACCCAGCACGUGGAGGAAAUGACGUUUAUAGACUUGCUAGCUAAUAUCGGUGGUAUAUUAGGUUUGUGGGUAGGGUGGUUGGCCGCGCUUAUUAUCAUAAGCAUAGAGGGACCUACAUUUGUGGACUUCCUAUCAUUUGCACUACCCGUUAGCCAGAUCAUUGGCCUGAAGUCUCUAUGGCAUAAAGUGGCACUUUUUGGUUGCAUUCACACGGCAUUUAUCGUAGGCUUUUUUGAGUCUCUAUUUGUGACGGGUAUAUAUUUGUACCUGGCACUAUCACCCCAAAUUAAAGGUACUAGUUCGGGUGUAGGCGCUGGUGAUAUUGAUGUCAUGUCACCCGCACCGCCACCAUAUCCCGGUGGCAAUGAUACCGGUGCUGGAAAUGGUGGCAUAUCUGUAGUCACUUUUCCGAAGCCGUCAUACCCUUAUGGCUAUACUACCCAACCAGGUGCCAAUGCUAAUGUAUUCCUUACUGUUACAAAAUGA